AUGGAGCGUCCGAGAGUUCGGUCAGCUCCAGCACCCACCGCCCUUCCUCUAGUGAAGCCCGAGUCACCUAAACCACGGACCCAAUCAGAGCGGGAAGAGCGCGAGCCGAGAAAGCCGGGCGCUGGAGCCACCCGGGAGACCACUCCGGGACAGCGCUCUGAGACCAGGGUCCGGCGCUCCGUAGAGCGCGCAGACCACCCAGCUCCCUGGCCGACCCCUGCCGCGCCCUCCACCUCGCACCCGGGUCCCGCCGCGUCCUCACCUCGCGGGGACCGCUGCAGCCCUGGCGGUGGAGCGCAGACAUGCCCCCGAGGCGCACCCGCCGAGCCGCGUCCCUGCACGGUGGCCCCUUCCCGGGCCCCAGGCGCCACGGACCGCGCUUCCGAGGGGCGGGGAGCGGACAGGGCGGAGGCGUCACCGGGGCUGGGGCCAGGGGCCCGGCGGACAGCGCCGGGGGAGGGGAGUGUCGCUGGGAAAAAUCCCACUUGA